CUGCCAACCAUAGAUCAGUGUUCACAAGUUGGCUUCUUGGAAUAUCGUUAUUCAGUCAUACAACUGAAAUUUUACUCAAGAACCUCUCCUAUACUAGUGUUAAAAUGUCAAAUCUUCCCCCUUCUUUCGCUUCACCCCCAAAACCAGAGGAGAGAGAUAACUCGCAGAGAAAUAAUGGUGCAGAGGCUUACUUACCGUAGAAGGCAUAACUAUGCCACUAAAUCUAACCAGCAUCGCAUCGUCAAAACUCCUGGUGAGAAGCUAGUCUACCAGACUACCAAGAAGAGGGCUAGCGGUCCUAAAUGUACUGUUAUUGGCAAGAGAAUCCAAGGGAUUCCUCACUUGAGACCCAACGAAUACAAGAGGUCUAGAUUGCCUAGGGACAGAAGGACUGUGAACCGUCCUUAUGGUGGAGUUCUGUCUGGUAGUGCUAUUAGAGAGCGGAUCAUAAGAGCAUUCCGCACUGAAGAGCAAAAGAUUGUGAAGAAGGUUUUGGAGAUCCAAAAAGCCAAGGAAAAGGUGGCUGGAAAGAGUUGAAAUUAGACGCCAUUUAUUUUAAUGGUAAAUUUUGGUGCUUGAGUUAAAGCCAAUCAUGGGAAUUGGGAAUGUGAUGUGAGGUGUCCUGAGAAUUGGAUUUG